UACAAAUGUAGGGUGUAGAUGCAACCCAAAUUGUCACAUGAAAACCGAUGUUCCAAGGGGAAAUAGUAAUGCAAUUUAAGUUUUAGCUGAUGACGUAUUUUAAUCUUACAUUGCGUGACAGUAGGAGCAAAUCUAUCCCUAACUUGCAUGUUCUGCAUUAUAAUAAAAACUAAUUAAGACAUUUGUCUCAUUGAUAUAAUUAUUGUGCUGAGCCUUUACACUGUUGUAGUGUACUCCCCAGCACUCCCCCCUCCCGCCCCACGAUGCUGAGGGACAGUGUGAAGUCCUGGAGCAACGGCCAGUCCGACUCCUACAACAGUGACCAGGAGGAGGAGGAGGAGGAGGAGGAGGAGAUGGUCUUCGGAGAGAAUGACGGAGACCUGGAAGAGAUGAUGGACCUCAGUGACCUGCCAACCUCCCUGUUCGCCUGCAGUGUUCACGAAGCAGCAUUCGAAGACGAACAGCAUCGGGAAAGAUUUGAGGCCCUGUUCAGGAUUUACGAUGAGCACGCCACGUUCCAGUUGUUUAAAAGCUUCAGAAGAGUGCGGAUAAACUUCAGCAACCCAGAGGCAGCAGCAAGAGCAAGGAUAGAACUUCACGAAACGGAGUUCAACGGGAACCAAUUAAAACUCUACUUUGCACAGGUACAGAAUGUCAGUGAAGACACAGACAAAUCGUACCUGGCCCCGCCUCAGCCCAUGAAACAGUUUCUCAUCUCUCCCCCUGGUUCCCCUCCUGUGGGCUGGAGCCAAAGCGAAGAAUUAACACCAGUCAUCAACUACGACUUGCUGUGUGCUGUCGCCAAACUGGGCCCAGGAGAGAAGUACGAGCUUCAUGCAGGGACUGAAUCCACCCCCAGUGUCGUGGUGCACGUGUGCGAGAGUGAAGCCGAGGAGGAGGAGGAGGAGGAAGAAGCUAAAGCACCCAAACAGAAGAUUGUUCAGACAAGACGCCCGGAGGCACCCCCGCAGCUGUUCGAUUAAAUCUAGGACUCUGUUGAGGAUUUCAUUUAGGCUAAGUUACUUUGGUAAGAUAGCAGGUACAUAUACCAGACCUGCGCAGGUGGAAUUUAUACAGGUGCAGAAUUUGCAUUGAAGGGGCAUGUUCACAGAGACUGGUGCAUUCCAGAAUGCCAGGCUCACCUCAUCUGCUCAUUUAAAGCACCGUGGUUUCUAGUUUUUUUUUGUUUUGUUUUUUGUUUUUCUCUUUUUUUUGUUUGUUUUGUUUUAAGAACCAGUAUCAUUAGCUUGGUACCGUAACUCAAACCACAGGCCUAGAGAUGUAACAGCAAAGGUCUGUUGCACUUCUGCAUAUUAGCUGUCCUGUAGUAUUGCAAAAUCUCAAGGACACAGUGCUUUAUAUAACACUGUAUGUGUAUCUUAAAGAAAGUUCAAAACCUUAAACUAUGGGAAUUGUUGUACAUAAUAGUUUUAAGGUUAGCAUGCAUGUCUUGAAAUGAAGAUGGUCACCAAUAGUACAUGUCUACAGCCGGCACCUGUAAAUGUAAAAUUCGCUGUUUUGCUGGGAUGGGCUCCAUACGAUAAAACGUCUUGUUUUUAUGAAUGUCUGCAGGGACAGAGAGAAACAGAGUGGAGCUUUUGUCAAUCUCACCUGGUUCUGAUGUUCAUCAGCCAGAGAUGAAGAAAAAGAAAUCGAAGAAAAAUGAAAAAAUAAGUUUUUAAAACAUAAGUUUGCUGAAUUAGGAUGUCGGCUGAAGUCAUGGCGAUUUGUGUGUUUAUUUCCUUUUUUUUUUUUUUUUUUUUUUUUUUUUUUUAUUCAGGCUGGUUUAUGGUGUUCACCCCUGAAUGUAAACUGCACAGUCAUCACAUACUGUUGUAUAUAUUCUGAAAAAUGUGUUGGCGUGAAAGGGAUACUGAAAAAGAGAGGCAGACGGGACAAAUAUUAAAGGUACAAAAAGAAAUGAAUGUCAGUUCAUCUUAAAAUCUGAAUUAUUAUGUAAUGCUUUUAAAUACAAUGUCCUUUACCCUUUUUUUAUACGAGUGGUUCGUAUUGCAAUUAUUCAAUUCAGUUCAGGAGCUGCUCAUCGGUUUUAGUUGCCUGCCAUAGACACAUGUUACACGGGCUAGAUCAGCCAGAGCUUCUUUAUAUUAAAGCCUCUGCGCCAUCUAGUGCUUUUAGUAUUGCCAGAACUACGAUAAGAGACUAUUUACUUAUGUAUCCCUUCUCAAUACAUUAAAAAAAUGUAAUUACAAAAUGAACCAUUCAGAAUGAGAUUGAUAACACCAUGAAGUGUUUUGAAGCUAAAUAUUGGAUGUCAGAUACUUUCAUAAAUGACUUUAUCGAUUUCCUUUUCUGUUCCAAAUCCCCUACGUUGCAGUCUGUAUAGCAUGUUUCUAAUUCUGUUCCAGAACAAACCCUUGAUUGUUUCUGACCAGCUACAACAGACAAACAGAAAACCACUGUACAGUCAAAAUUAGAAGUCCUUUUUGCAUCAUUAAUAAACAUAACAAAAAAAUGUAUAUCAGAAAUUCACUGUAAAAUAAGGGUAGCGCUGUCAAAAAAAACAAAAACAUCUUUAUAUGCUUAUCGAUUUGUCACUGUAAUUAAUAAAGUAGGUUACAAAGAUAAAUAACAUCUGUAUGUUCCAAUUGUUAAAUUCAAAAGGGGAAUUUGAAACCCUGUUCUUAUAUAUUGAUUUUGAGGUGAUCAAUACAAAAAGAUGAAAUCGGCAUGAAACGCAAGUUGUUACUUAAUCCUAAAGUUCUGCAACUAUAUCUCCAAGUGGUUAUUUAACCUCAUAAGCUCUGAUAUGUGAAAAAACAUUUUAUUUUAGAAUUUCGAUUUUUUAUUUAUUUUUAUUAUUAUUAUUUCUUGGACAAAACACCUUAUAGCCUUUGCUUUCACCAGCCUAGAUGUGUGAGAAUUGUAUUACAAAUAUCAAUACCAACGUGUAAAUGUGUUGGGAUUGGUGUUUUGAAUUUGUGGUAUUGUUAUGUAGGACAUGUGUACUGUAGCUUUAGUUUGUGGGGCAGGGGGGUUACUAUAUGUGGGGUAAUGUAACCACGCUCCAAAACAAAACGUGUGUCUGUGUUUGCACAUACUACAUUAGCUAACGUGAGCUUCGCUUUGAACUAUGGGCCUCAAAGCACCUUGUUCACAUGUAAAUUGUCAAAGGAUGUGUGCUGAGCAAGCAUGUUGUCAGAUCAUGUCUAUCUAGUAUUUUAAUGCUUGGCAUUUGGGGUCUUUAGAAACUGGGUGCAUUUUCUACCAGUCAAUAAACUGAAAUUUGAGUGUGGUGUUGCGUUUAGAACAACGUUAUCAGGUACCGUAGCUGUUCCCCCUGUGCUGUGUCAACAAUGAUGUUUAUUUUUGCAAAAUAAACAUCAUUGUUCUGAUAUUUGUUAUUCACACAUCCAUAUCAUUUUUUUUUUUUUAAUUUGUUCAUUUUAAAUAUUUGACCAAGAUACGGGCAAUUGAGAUGUCAAAGUCAAGCAUUACAGAAAUGAGGUGAUUUUUUUUUUUCAGUAAAGCUUAGAAAGAUCUCUAACAGUAGAGGCAAUCCUUUAUUAUCAGGCAAAAUACAGUAUGUUAAUAUUUUAAUAGCUUUUCUGUGCAGGUAUUUCACGUCACUGGUGCGCUUCAUCUGUAUCAUCUAUUACAUAUGUAAUUUCAGCACAUAUAAUCUAUAUCUAUUGAUACUGUAAAAAAAUAAGACUGCAAACAGCUUAAUAAACCUUUUAUCUUUUCUAAAAAAAAAAAACAAAAGCAUUUUGUGAACUGCUAGUAAAUGUAAUGUUUGGUAAAGAUAUACCACUUGUUCUUCAUAAUGUCAACCUGUGAUUUCUUUAGCUACUGUAUGACCUGUUCAUAUGUAUACUUACCAACUGUAAAUACAAUUUUAUAACACAUAGUAGUGAUUCAAUGUUUAGUGCUUCGAGAAGGCACUAGGACGUUUUAAUAAAUGUCAUAUUUUUUUUAACCCAUUGCAUGGCUUGAUAUUGCAAACUUUUCCAAAACCUAUUUCAGUGCUCGUAUUUAAAAUACUAAUACCAACUAUUGUUUCCAGAGUUGUAUUGUCAUAACUUGUAGAAGAUGGUCAUUGUCAUGGCACUGCAUAAAAACAAACAGAAAUAAAGAAAUGCAUUAAUAAAAUACUAUCUGCUAUUGUAAUAAAACGAUAAGCGUGUGUGUUUUACACUAUAAACUCUCAUUCUAAUGCACUACAAGUGCAAGCUAAUGCUUUCCAGGCUUAUUUGUUCACCUGCGUUCUAAUGCUAUUUCAAUACGGUCCAUUGUGUUGUAUUAAGUAUGUGAAAUAGUGGCACAAAGGACCCCAGUGUAAAUUGUCUGUAAACUGUAUAUUAAUACCUACUGUAGCAAGUCGAACUGCCAGUGGGGUAUGCUGUGAAGCUUUUGCCGGCUCAUUUUGUGCUCUGCAUUAAGAAGACCCUCAAUACGUUUUAAAAUAAGCAACUUUUAAUAUCAGAAAUGGGUUUCCGUGGGUCAAGAACAUCAAUAGAUUUGUAUUUGAUUGGGAGCCCCGCUUAUAACCCCUUAGUCCUGGAAAUGCACCCAGUUUGUUUUUUUUUGUUUUUUUUGUACAUUUUUGCAGUGUACAAAAAGGUCAAAAUUGUCACCCUUGUAUUGUUUCAUUGGGAAAUGAAUUCUGUGUCUUCUUGUACUGUAGUUGUUUUAACAAUGUGGCAAUCAAGCAAUAAUUUAUGGUUCUCUCUGUAUUUAAUGUAUUGUGUUUAAUAAUUUUCAGGGUUUGUUUUACCUGACCUGUUACUGGCUUGUUUUUAGUGUAGAAGUAUGAAUGUAAUUCGUUUCACAUAGAGUUAUAUAAAGAAAUAUUCUUAAA